AUGGCGCGAAUCUCAGCGCACGCCACGCCUGCCUCCUCCCCCUCGUUAUACAUCCACUCUCACAGACACUCCCCCAAGCUCAGUCUCUUCCCCGACCACUCCGCCGCCCGCUCCAAUGGCGCCGGCCAACUCCUCCUGCUUCCACUCCCGCGCCUGACCCCCCCCCCCCCCAACUCCUCUGUUCGUUUCUCUUGCAGCGUGGGCACCAGGGUCUUCGUCGGGCUCAGGGCGCAGACCAAGCUCGGUUCGUCCGAAUCGUCGUGCCCGAAUGUCAGCGCCGGGUUCUACACCGCCGUCAACCGGAGGAUCUCUCUGGGGUUGUCAAACAAGAGGGCUACCGGAGCCUGCAUUUCAAUGAUGCCUAUUGGUACUCCACGAGUGCCUUACAGAACCCCCGGUGAAGGAACCUGGCAAUGGCUUGACAUAUGGAAUGCUUUGUAUCGUGAUCGGAUUAUCUUCAUUGGGGACAAUAUAGAUGAAGAAUUCAGCAACCAAGUGUUGGCAAGCAUGUUGUAUCUUGACAGCAUUGAUAAUACAAAAAAGAUUAUUCUAUACAUUAAUGGACCAGGAGGAGAUCUUAUGCCAUGUAUGGCAUUGUAUGACACCAUGCUAAGCCUAAAAAGUCAUAUCAGUACCCACUGCUUGGGCUUUGCAUUCGACUUGGCAGGAUUUAUUCUCGCAGCUGGUGAAAAGGGUUCACGUACUGGUAUGCCCCUAUGCCGGAUUUCACUUCAGUCACCUGCUGGAGCAGCUCGAGGCCAGGCUGAUGAUAUAGAAAAUGAGGCAAAUGAGCUUAUUUGUAUCAAGAACUAUCUUUAUGGCAAGCUUGCAGAGCACACAGGUCAUCCUGUUGAAAAGAUUCAUGAGGACCUAGCUAGGGUGAAGCGCUUCGAUGCUGAAGGGGCUCUCGAAUACGGGAUUAUUGACUGUAUUAUUAUGCCAUCUCGGAUCAAGAAAAGAGGGGUCCACUGGAGAAAGGAUCGUCGAAAUCUGGGACUUGGCUAAUAGAUGCUACGCCAUUGUAUCAGAGUUAUAAGUGUUGGACUGCAAUACCCCGAACUUCAAUUCGGGGUCUCCAGUGGUCUAGAACUCUAGUAUUUAUGACAAAACAGGAUAAGCAGGCGGACUGGCUGAAAUGAAAUGUAGCAGCCAUUUUCUCGUUCCAUCACAUGUAUUGAGAAAUGCAUCAGGCCAUCAACUUUAGUGUGAGAAUGUUCUUGUUAGAGAGCAAUGCACUGUCUGAAAAUUUGCACAGUGCCUGUGUUGGCCUGCAUUCAGUAUGCUUUCGCUAACUGCCAACUGAGAGUAUCAUAUUCCUGGGUUUGUUAGUGAGCACGGAGCAAAGAGAAGACCAAAGGGCAUUAGCAUCUAGGCGUCUCGUGCACUACUUUAGUAAUAUCAAGUGCCCAUGUUUGGAUUUGGAACUACAAAAGGAGUCGUCCUCUUUUUUUCUAGGCUGUAUGAUUGCUUCAAUACUUAUAUCAAGUGCCCAUGUUCUGAAUCAGGAACAUGUUUGUUAUAUCUUCAUAGCAGUUUAAAGGACCAUUGGGAGAGAAGGUAGCUUUCAAUGGAGCAGCACUGGU